AUGAAGCUCUCUACUUCCUUGGUCCUCCUCGCGGCAUCAAUAGUGUCCGCAACGCCCACUCCUUCCUACAAAGAAGGUGUGGCAAGAGUCCUAGAAAAGAGGGCGAGCAUUACCGACGCUGCCAAUAUCGGCUACGCGACGCAGAAUGGCGGCACCAAAGGAGGUGCCGGUGGACCUACCACCACUGUUAGCACUCUUCCCCAGCUCUCUGCUGCAGCCAAUUCAACGGGACCUCUUAUCAUUGUUGUGCAAGGCGCCAUCAGCGGUGCAGCAAAGGUUCACGUUGGAUCCGACAAAACUAUUGUAGGGAAAUCCGGGAGCUCUUUGACAGGUAUCGGUCUCACCAUCCUGGGUCAAAAGAACGUAAUCAUCAGGAACUUGAAGAUUUCCAAGGUGCUCGCCGCAUACGGGGAUGGUGUCACUAUCAACAAGUCGACCAAUGUAUGGGUUGACCAUCUCGACGUGUCCGGAGAUGACACGGUGGGCAAGGAUACCUACGAUGGGUUGGUAGAUUUGUCACAUGCGGCUGACUUUGUGACAAUCUCCCACACUUACUUCCACAACCAUUCCAAGGGAACGCUCGUCGGCCACUCCGACAAGAACGCAGCCGAAGACACCGGCCACCUACGCGUGACAUACGCAAACAACCACUUCUACAAAGUGGCCAGCCGCGGCCCACUGCUUCGGUUUGGGACAGCACACAUCCUCAACAACUACUACAACGAACAAGACACAGGUGUAAACUCGCGCAUGGGUGCUCAGGCCUUAGUUCAAGGCACCGUCUUCGAAAACAGCGGCAAGAAGGCAGUCUAUACCGAGUCAAGCAAAGAGCAAGGGUUUGCGGUCGUCGUUGACACUAUAUUCGGUGGUCAGAGUGCCAACACGGCACCUGUCGGAAAGCUUAACGCGAACAGUUUCCCUUAUAAGUAUACGGCAUUGGCUUCUGCGAAUGUCAAAGCUGCUGUUACCGCAGAGGCUGGUCAAAAGUUAGCGUUCUAAACUCCAGGGGACGAUGUGCUUUGGUAGGCUCCUGGAGGCUUCAUGUAUAAACUUUUAUUGGGAACGUUGCAAAGGUCGUUAGGGCAGUGGCGUUGCCAUUGUGUUACCACCUUUUAAGAACUCUUUCCAUCCUUACUCAAUACGAUAACCAUUAUUUUCCUCCAUUUCCCGAUAAAGAGUGUGGCAUAAGCCGUCGAGGUCUAUGUGUUUGAGCAUGGCUGACCUGGCGCCAAUAUCGUGACUGGCUCCUCGGGUUACUACAGCUCUUGACAAAACACCGAA